AUGAUACCCAGUACACCAUCUAUCGACUACACAGACCCAUCAUUUUUUGGUGUCGACAAGUCGUGCAUGUCUCUGAGCGGACACCUUCACGAGGACGGAGAGUCGUGGCAUGACGGAUGUCGGAUGUGUUAUUGUCACAACGGCAACGAGAUGUGCUCCCUGAUCGCCUGUCCCGUGCCACGAUGUGAUAACCCGGUGUUCCGGGUCGGAGAUUGCUGCCCAUCAUGCCCAGGUGUGCUUGGCAUCCCGUCAGAGAACGGCAGCAAGCAGUCGUGUCAGUCCACUAACGGCCAGCAUCUGGUGGAAGGGGAGACGUGGAGGAUGGAUGACUGCACCCAGUGCAUCUGCCAUGACGGCUCUAUCCUGUCCUCUGACCACCUGCCCACAGUUACCCGAUUGUCUUCGCGCCCCUGUAAGUCUGACUCAGGGGUGUUGUACAAGCAGGGGGAGGUGUGGAAGACCAGCCCCUGCCAGAGCUGCACCUGCAGGAACGGCCAGGUCCACUGCUACUCUCAGAUGUGUCCCCCACUGAACUGUAACAAGACAGUCCUCAGGAAGGGCCAGUGCUGUCCAAGCUGUCUUGAGGUGAGCCUGCCAGGCAUCUGCACCAAGGACGACAUCACCUACAGUACUGGGGAGAGAUGGCAGUCCGACAACUGCACUGAGUGUGUGUGUGAAAAUGGUAAAAUUCUGUGUGUCCCCAUCCCCUGCCCUCGGCUCACCUGCACAGUGAUGAUACGGAAACCCACACAGUGUUGCCCCUCAUGUCUGGAUGCCUCAUUCACCACAAGCAUCCUGGAGCAGCACUUCCCCCGCACCACCUCCGACCACCACAACAGGAGAUACACCACACAAGGCCCUACAGAGGACUUCAAGGCAAAGGACAACUACAUGAUCGGGAUUGUUCUGUUGGGCGUGCUUCUCUCCAUUGCUCUGAUCGCAGUGCUGAUUCUGGUGCUGGUCAUCCUGCGGCGCCGACACACAGGGAUGUUCAAGAUGACCGACAGUCCUGUGGUCACCAAGAUCCGACCCAAGUCCACCAAUCUGGAGCUCCAGGGUGUGAACCCCUUCUUGCUAGACUCCCCCAGCAAGCAGAUCAACUGUGAGCGCAAACAGAAACUGGAGAAGCACCUUGCCUCCUUGGGACCAGCAGUAAUAGCCAAUGAAAAGAGCAAACUGGACUUGUCACCCAAUCACCAGUAUCAGCUCAUUAACACUAACCCAGAAUUUGAGCCUAAGAAGGAUCCACAUGGUAACUGUGUGUCUAACAAGACAUUUGACCAGGCAUAGAGUGUGAAAAUGGAAGCAUUUGGAUUGGAAGAAUGGAGAUGGAAGAGAAAGGGUCUGAGGUGAUUUUGGUGCAUAUGUGUUGGUGAUUAUAUACAUCGUCAUCGGAUGGUGACAUGACUGCCAUCUUUGGUGCAGGGUGACAUCCUUUGUGACAAAGUUGGGUUGUGAUUAUCAACACUGUCAUCAGAUGGUGAUGUGACUGAUGUCUUUGGUGCAGGGUGACAUCCUUUGUGACAAAGUUGGGUUGUGAUGAUCAACGUGUCAUCGGAUGGUGACGUGACUGAUAUCUUUGGUGCAGGGUGACAUCCUUUGUGACAAAGCUGGGUUGUGAUGACUUUACAAGAUGAUCUUCUCUUGUAGUUUGCUAAGCAAGCUACCUACCACAUGGUCUGUGUGUUUGACUGCAUAGCAGGAAUUUUGUGUAUAUUAGCAACAUGCGCAGACCGGACAGUGGGUUCCACCUUGAUCACUUCCUGAAAGCUGCUCUGUAUAUACUCAGCAUCCACCAAACAAACAACCUUGCUUCAUGGAACAAAGUCAGCUCUUCGGGAAAAGAUUUCUCUCAACGACAAAACAAAAACCACAAUUCCUGGCAUGCUUGUCAGGACAUCAAAAGUUCCUCAAGUCAAAAAAAAGGUUCCAUGAUGAGCCCAAACAUAAGCCUUGAUUCUUGAGGCAGGGUUUUUUCCAUUCAAGGUCAAUGUUGAAAGGGCAAACCAACAAUCAGCCUUCAUUCAUUUGAACACACUAGCUCACGCAGUCAAAGGUACUGUAAACAUACGACAGAGAUCAAGACUAAAGUAUCCUUAAUUUGUGGAAUAAAUUGCAAGUUUUGCUGUCAAGGUUGCUAUUCACUAAAGGGAGCUUAAUCAUCAAGCUUGCUUCAUGGGAUAAUGAGUUCUCCAGCAAAGGUCACUGUUUACAAAGGGGAAACAUGUUCCUGUGAAGCAAGAAGCCAAUUCAGCACCUUCACAUGGAUGAAGAUAGAGGUGACUCGUAGAAGCUUGAUCAUUGUUUCAACACCUUUACUCUGCACAGUUCCUGUUUCCAGUAAAAGCGGUACCACAUCUAGAAGGUCUCUGAGGAACAAGUUGGUUAUUGGUGGAUGCUGGAAUAUAACAGAUUGCCUACAUAGCUAUGUACAUGACUGAUUUGGUGCAAAGAAUGUGUGAGUGUGUGAGAAUGAGAAGAUGACAAUGAGUGAGUGAGUGCAUCUGAUUUAAGAGGGAGGAAAACACCAGCCACAUUACUGCGGAUCUGACUGCGUGCAAUCAAACUUCGGAGAAUAUUAUACUUUAAAUAUUUGCCGUCACGUUAGGCAAAUUUUAACCACCAUAUUAAGUCCAUGACGUUUACAUUAUUGUUGUUGAUUACUUACGAAACAAAUCCUAUCUGUGUAUGAUUCUCUAUGUUGGUAGCGUUGCCCGAGAUGAGAUGUGUGUGUGAAGCCUCAGUGAGGUCAGGAAACAUCUAUUUUGUGACGACUCUGUAACUGUGAAAUGUAAUCACAAGAUGUAAGGUUAUUUGUGUAAGGUUAUAUUUAUUACUCAGUGAGCAUCAAUGAGAACUGCUAUAGGAUGAAGUCCACGUCAAGUACUGGCGACCUCUGAACUUGCUAAGCCACACUCCAGCAACACAGUCAGAUAUUCCCUGCAUGGAAAAAGGGUUUUCAACCCUUUAUUUUUACAGAAAAUCAUUUUCAGCUUUAUCAGGAACUUUUAGAUCUAGUGGAGAUAUAAAUUUAUUGUCAUAUUAUAGGUUAAAUGUAGUGUUGCUGCUUUUCGUGAUAUUCGGCCAGACAUAACUAUCUCAGCUGGUUACAUUUGGACAGUGGUUUAAACCGUAGCAAAUCACUAAGCAGAGUUACCUCCCUUAGGCAUGCCAAGAUUCAUAGACUUGGUUUGAUCCCAAACUCAUCCUGACCCUAGGUCCGGGCAACAUACCUCUCCUCUUUGGUAAAUAACUGGCAUCACUUUUGACCAUGUUCCAACAUUAAGCUGUGAGGAGUUAUGGGACUGAUGUCAUGGGAAAUAGACCAACUCACUGACAUAUUUAAACCGUGACACCAGUACAUCAGAGCAAGUCCAGAGAUUCCAGUGUUACCUGUCCCGUCUAGUCCAUGAUGCUUCAUUGUGUCAUUUCAUCAAUAGCCCAUCGUUGUAUUCUGCUUGUUGAGUCAUCCCCUGGUGCAUCAUGUACAAGAUGUACACUAUGUCUUUGUAUACAAUAUUGCUUGUUAAGUGGUUGCUUUGUUUGUAAUAUUGCCAUUUAUAUCUUGAUAUAUUAUAUCGUUUGUGUAUGUGCUUCUGUUAUUGGAACAUCUGUGUUAUACGUCUAGCCAUUUACUGGGUUCCUGGUUAGAGUAUCUACCUGCUUAUUGAGACACGUACUAAUUAUUCAAGAAUAUCUGAAUGAACUGCACCAUCGUUCCAUUUCAAACUUUGAGGCUAAAAUAAUUACCGGUAGUAUUUUAAAGUUAAAAAAAUUUGAAAGAAGUAGCAACAGUAGAAUUCUUCAUUCUUGUUUCAAGACCCUCGAAAUUAGCCAAGGGUGUCUUUUGCACCUCCUUGAGUCUGAAGACAUUACAGGACAGGACAAAUACAAGGUAUACUCGGUACACAUUACUGUGGAUAGGGGGAACAGAUGCCUUCAGGGACAAUGUUGUCCACUAGUUCCUAGAAUGUCCUUUGGUAUGGACGAUGUUGUCCACUAGUUCAGAGAAUGUCUUUUGGUAUAGAUGAUGCCGUCUACCAGUUCAGAGAAUGUCCUUCUGCAUUGACAAUAGUGGCCACAAGUUAAUGGAAAGUCCUCCUUUCGGUAUGGACGAUGUCCAGAAAUUCAGAGAAAAUCUUUUGGUAUGGACGAUGUUGUCCACUAGUUCAGAGAAUGUCCUGUAUGGACCAUGCUGUUCAAAAGUUCAGGGAAUCUCCUUGUUAUAGACAAUGUUGUCCACCAGUUCAGAAAAUAUCCUUCAGUAUACACAAUGUUGUCCACGAGUUCAGAGUACGUCCACCAGUUCAGAGAACGUCCUUUAGUAUGGACAAUGUUGUCCACCAGUUCAUGGAAAGUCCUUUGAUAUGGACCAUGCCCAUCAGGUCAGAGAAUGUUCUCCUGUAUGGACCAUGUCUACAAUUUCAGUUUUGUUCCUAUGACACAAUUCAGUCAUCUGUUUAAUGAGGAAUCUGUUCCUCAGAUGACAGCAAGGUCUUUCAGGUAAUGAGACAUUUGUUCCCAAGGAGACAUGUCUUCAAUGGAAUGACAAUUAUCUGGGGACCAUUUUCAUUUGGAGGAAGGGGUGGUAUGGUAGCCUAGUGAUUAAAGCAUUUGCUCGUCAUGAAGAAGACCCAGGUUCGAUUCCCCACAUGGGUACAAUGUGUGAAGCCCAUUUCUGGUGUCCCCCAUCAUGAUACUGCUGGAAUAUUGCUAAAAGCGGCGUAAAACUAAACUCACUCAUCCGUAGGAGAUGCUGUGCUGUGAUGAUGAUGUUGUCAUUGAGGGGGAUGUUGGCCCUGUCAGCACUAGUUAUGUUACCAUGGAGAUGACCUGAUAAGGAGGUGCUGUCCCCAAGUGUUUGUCAGCCUGUUUAUCUGUAUUUAGGUGUCAUAUGAACCAAGCACAGAUGUGAUGAGACACUGUCCUGCCACGCCCACCUCCUCCUCAGGAUGGGAUGCAGGAACGUGUGUGUAAUGUGUGUGUUAUGUGUUAUCUCCCUAUAGCUUUACACCAAUGAUACAUGUCCUUCAUUUUAUAUAUACAUACAUAUAUCUAUUGCUUCUGUCAAGUGAUAGAAUUAACUUAUGUUUGGAAAUCUUUGUAUUCAGUAGAAAAGUUAAUUAGAACUUGUGUGUCUUUGAAUGAGGAGUGAUCAUAGGGCAAGUUUAGCUGCAACCAAAUAUUUAGUGCUAAUAUGUAGAUGUUUUAGGUUUUUGACAGUUGUCUGUCUCAAGGCUUGAACCGUUGCGACUUCAGAUAAUUAAGCACAAGUAUUCACUCUUGAUCAUUGCCCAGACUUGCUUCAGACUUCCAACAAACUGAAGGAAAUAUUUUAGUGUUUUUGAUAUAAAAUAAAAGCUUGCCUUUGAAGCUGGUCACUUUUGAAAAUAACAGCCGAUGAUUUAGUGUAUAUCACCUUAAUUUUUAAUUAAAGUAACAAACAGAUUUUGUGUAAGAAGACUACAGGAAUGUUACAGGGUAUGAGAUUGCUGCUUGGCAGUGGUCAUGUUGUCAGAUGUUGUGAGUUGCGAUGUUGUUGCGAUGUUGCCAGAGACACCUCUGUGACUUACUAGGGCAGGACUUCUGCUGCAAAGCAGGACAAGGGAACAAUGUCAAGGUUAUGGUGGCCAUAUUGGAUUUCAAGUUGAAUCCUUUAUGUGUUGAAAGCCAGUCAGGUUGUGAUGUGGUCGAUGACAUUGAUAGUUCAUUACGAGCAGAGAUCAUUCCAUAGUUUCCAAAUGAGUUUAAUAUAUGUUUGUGCUUCUGUACCCCUGAAUCUCAGCUAUUAGCCUACCAUUGCCUAGAAUUGCCCUACUAUAAGCUUCAAGGGGAGAAUGAGAGUGUGAGCUACAAUUGUGUGAUUCUACAGACUGUCUUAUAAUAACCUUGUGGCAACAAGAUGUAUACGAUUACGAGUUUAGUGGUGUAACGGUAUGGUGAUACAGUUCUGUAUCACGAUACGAAGGCUCAUGAUACAGUACAAUGCCUGUCUUGCAAUACAUUACAAGUUUGAUGUAAAAA